GGGAGCGAGCUCUCUGCGCAUGCGCCGCAUAGCUCCUCCCAGCCGCUUCCAGCGCAAGAUGGCGCCGCGGGAAUCUCUCUCCCGCUCUGUUUGAGGAGGACGGGAAGCGGCCGUCGGUCUCGCUUUAGUCCAGCUCCGGCUGCUUCCACGAGGCCGAGGCCCAGCCCGGGCGGGUGCGAUGGCCGCCGCCGUGGUGGCCAAGCGGGAAGGGCCGCCGUUCAUCAGCGAGGCCGCCGUGCGGGGCAACGCCGCGGUCCUGGAUUACUGCCGGACGUCGGUGUCGGCGCUGUCGGGGGCCACGGCCGGCAUCCUCGGCCUCACCGGCCUGUACGGCUUCAUCUUCUACCUGCUGGCCUCCAUCCUGCUGUCGCUGCUCCUGAUCCUGAAGGCGGGAAGGAGGUGGAACAAGUAUUUUAAGUCGCGGAGACCGCUGUUUACGGGAGGGCUCAUCGGGGGCCUCUUCACCUACGUCCUGUUCUGGACGUUCCUCUAUGGCAUGGUGCACGUCUACUGAAGCGGGGCCGCCACGACCUGGAGGAGAAAGAAAAAGAGCAAAGAAAGACAAAAAAAAAAAAAAAAUCGGGAAGACUAUUGUUGAUUGCCAGAAAUGGACGUCGUUCUUAAAAACUGUGGCAUUUUGAGGCUUGCUCUGUAGUGUUAUCGUUUAUCUCUGAGCCUAUAUGAUCACCUUCGGAUGGAUGAGGCGUGAGACUCUCUCUUUCUUUCUUUCUUUCUUUCUUUCUUUCUUUCUUUCUUUCUUUCUCCCCCCUAUCUUAAGGAAUGCUUCAGGGUUAUGCACCUGGCACGGACUUCUUGGCCUUGCAGUGGUGGGUUCAAAGAGCGACAAGUUUUGAUUCUUCGGAGCUGGGACUAGGCGUCAUGGGCAUCUGUCAUUUUCUUGCGUUUAUAUAGAAUGCCAUCCAGGGAAGUGUGGUUGAGACCUAAAGAAGGGAUUUGACAUCAGAGGAAUUACAGUUGGGAGUCGGGCAGUAGCGCAGGUGAUGCAAAGCGCAAGGACCGGCGUAAGGAUCCCGGUUCCAGCCCCCAGCUCCCCACCUGCAGGGGAGUCACUUCACAGGCGGUGAAGCAGGUCUGCAGGUGUCUAUCUUUCUCUCCCCCUCUCUGUCUUCCCGUCCUCUCUCCAUUUCGCUCUGUCCUAUCCAACAACGACGACAAUAACUACAACAAUAAAACAGCAAGGGCAACAAAAGGGAAUAAAUAUUUUUUAUAAAAAAAAGAAUUACAGUUAUAAUAUCCAGUUUGCCCUGUGUGCCGGGCGUUGUUCCUUGCACCUUUUACACCCUUCGUUUCAUUUAAUUUAAGAAAUAUUCUUACAGUUAUAGGUCUGACUCUCCGUUGGUGACUCGGAGACCUAGGCUAAUACCCGGUGGAGAAGAAGCAUAAACUAGAAAAGACAGCCAACUGAGGACCUGUUAAUGCCUCUUGCAGUAAUCAUUUAGAGGUUGUUUUCAUAGCCUUGCCUUCUCUCCUACUAACCACUCCUUUCAGGUAUGAAUCGUGGCGUUUCAGUUCCCUUUCACCUCAUUACAGCUGCCUUCCAUUUAAAAGAAUAAACUCAAGAAGCUCUUUUUUUUUUCUAAAAUACAUCUAGUGAAAAUUAAAACAGACUGCCGUUUAAGCUGAACACUUGCAAAUGCCUCUGUAAACUAUUCCUUGAUCCUUUUGUGCCCAACGGUUUAUCUUAGAAUAAAAUGUAUACUACUAACUGAAGAA